AUGGCAAGUUACGCUUUGGCUGAGAAUCUGACAACACCUACAAUAACCACUCCUUAUCUUACAGCACCUACAAUAACCACGCCUAAUCUGACUACACCUGCAAUAACCACGCCUACUCUGAUAACACCUAGAAUAACUAUGCCUAAUCUGAGAGCAUCUACAAAAAACACGCCUUAUCUGACAGCACCUACAAAAACCACGCAUAAUCUGACAGCAUCUACAAAAAACACGCCUAAUCUGGCAGCACCUUCAAAAGCCACGCUAAAUAUUACAGCACUUACAAUAACCCCGCCUAAUCUGACAACACCUACAAAAACGACGCCUCAUCUGACCAGACCUACAAAAACGACGCCUCAUCUGACCAGACCUACACAAACUACACCUAAUCUGACUACACCUACAAUAACCACAACUUAUCUGACUACACCUACAAUAACCACGCCUAAUAUGACAGCACCUAUAUUAACCACAACUUAUCUGACAGCACCUAUAAUAACCCAGCCUAAUCUGACAACACCUACAAUAACCACGCCUAAUCUGAGAGCACCUACAAUAAUCACGCCUAAUCUGACAGCACCUAUAAUAACCCAGCCUAGCCUGAUAACACCUAUAAUAACCCCCGCCUAA